AUGUCCUCCUCCCGCCAGAGCAGCCGGCAAAUCCUGACCCCGGAUACGGUGGCCCCGGAGACGCUGCAGCCAAUAUGCUACUGGACCAUCACCCCGCUCUUCGUCGUCACCGUCGUCACCACCGUCAUUCGAAUCUACAUUCGAUCCUACAUCAAGUCUUUCGGCUUGGAUGAUUGGGCCGCUGCCACCCUGCUGCCGCUGAAUGCAGGGCUGCAAGCCAUUCUGUAUAUAUUCCUACAGCUCGGGGCCGGGCUGCACAUCACGCAAGUGCAGACAGAGAGUCCCGAAAGCCUCCCCAAACUCCUCAAGGCAAUGCUGCGGCAGGGCCUCUUCGUCAUUGAGAUCUACUACGUCUGGAUGCACUUUCACCUCAAGCUGGGCUUCCUGUUGUUCUACCUGCGCCUCUCGCACCUGAAGUCGUUCCGGAUCGUCGUGUACGUUACAAUGGCCUGCAACGGCCUGCUGACUGUCGGCAUUUGGCUGCUGUACUUUCUCCAGUGCACGCCGCUGGAGGCGUUCUGGAAUCCCAUGAAGUACCCCAAGACGCAUUGCCUUGACACGAGCAUCACAUACUUCGUUCCAUACAGUUUCGUAAGUUCCGAGACUCCCCAGCAAGUUCAUGGCCGAGUGCUGACAGCCGGCGGGUUUAAGAUCAUGGUGCUGGAUGUCACCAUCCUCGUGCUGCCCAUCCACACCGUCUGGAAUCUUCAAAUGACGCUGAGACGUCGGCUCGCGGUGCUUGGCGUCAUCUGCACCGGCGGGGCGGCGGUGGUCAUCUCGGCGCUGCGCAUAAUGGUGCUGUUGCAGUUUAGCGCCAGCCCAGACUUUACGUGGACCCUGGGAAAGAUGAUCAUUGUGUCGGCGUUUGAGAUCAACAUCGCCAUCAUCGCGUCCAACAUGCCCUCCAUCAAGGCGCUCUGGCUGAACUGGCGGGGCGGCACGCUGAACUCGUCGCAGCGCUCCAAGUACAGCCAGCAUCACCAGCUGUCGGACAUGCCGUCGAGCAGCUUGCAGUCACGGCGUCCGAACCAGAAUGCGGAUAACGUGUCCGAGGAGUCGUUGGUGGCGAAGGAGGCAUUGCAAGGAGCGUGA